AUGGCGCUGCACUUCCAGAGUUUGGCCGAAUUGGAAGUGUUAUGUACUCAUCUCUACGUAGGGACUGAUCUUACACAAAGAAUAGAGGCUGAAAAAGCACUCUUGGAACUUAUUGACAGCCCAGAAUGUCUCAGCAAGUGUCAACUUUUAUUAGAACAAGGAACAACAUCCUAUGCUCAGCUCCUUGCAGCAACAUGUCUUUCAAAACUUGUCAGCCGAGUCAGUCCUUUACCUAUUGAACAGAGGAUAGAUAUCAGAAACUACAUUCUGAAUUACGUGGCAUCACAACCCAAGCUUGCUCCCUUUGUCAUCCAAGCUCUUAUUCAAGUCAUUGCCAAAAUCACUAAAUUGGGGUGGUUUGAGAUUCAGAAAGACCAGUUUGUCUUUCGAGAAAUUAUUGCUGAUGUGAAGAAGUUUCUUCAGGGAACUGUGGAACACUGCGUAAUAGGAGUAAUAAUCCUUUCUGAAUUGACUCAGGAAAUGAACCUGGUUGAUUAUUCUAGACCUUCAGCAAAACACAGGAAAAUAGCUACCUCAUUUCGUGACACUUCUCUCAAAGAUAUUUUAGUGCUAGCAUGCUCUCUUUUAAAAGAGGUGUUGGCCAAACCUUUAAAUCUUCAAGAUCAAUAUCAACAAAAUCUGGUAAUGCAGGUCUUAAAAUUGGUCCUUAACUGCCUUAACUUUGACUUCAUUGGCAGUGCAGCAGACGAAUCUUCAGAUGAUCUUUCUACAGUGCAGAUUCCAACAACUUGGAGAACAAGAUGUUUCAGGCUUAUCUUUUAUAGAAUCAAGUACUUUUUAAGAAAAGAUCCAAGUUCUGAAGCACUUUCCUGUUUAGUUCAAUUUGCUUCUACAAGAAGGUCCUUAUUUAGCAGUCCUGAACGUGCCAAGUACCUUGGUAAUUUAAUUAAGGGAGUAAAAAGAAUACUUGAAAACCCUCAGGGUUUGUCUGAUCCAGGUAAUUAUCAUGAAUUUUGUCGAUUUUUGGCUCGUUUAAAGACAAAUUAUCAGCUGGGAGAAUUAGUUAUGGUGAAGGAGUAUCCUGAAGUUAUCAGAUUGAUUGCUAAUUUUACCAUUACUAGCCUACAGCAUUGGGAAUUUGCUCCCAACAGUGUUCAUUAUUUAUUAACUCUGUGGCAAAGGAUGGUAGCAUCAGUUCCUUUUGUGAAAUCAACUGAGCCCCACCUGUUAGAUACUUAUGCACCAGAAAUCACGAAGGCCUUUAUCACUUCUCGGUUGGAAUCUGUUGCCAUAGUUGUGAGAGAUCAUUUAGAUGAUCCCCUGGAUGAUACUGCUACUGUGUUUCAGCAGCUGGAGCAGUUGUGCACUGUCAGCAGAUGUGAAUAUGAAAAGACAUGUACUCUUCUUGUACAGUUAUUUGACCAAAAUGCACAGAAUUACCAAAAACUUCUACAUUCAGCUACGGGAAUAACUGUGGACAUGGCAAUUCAGGAAGGACGUCUUGCAUGGCUAGUAUACUUAGUUGGGACAGUUGUUGGAGGAAGAUUAACAUAUACCAGUACAGAUGAACAUGAUGCUAUGGAUGGAGAAUUAUCCUGUCGAGUUUUUCAGCUCAUAUCUUUAAUGGAUUCUGGAUUGCCUCAGUGUUCUAAUGAGAAGAUAGAGCUUGCAAUUUUGUGGUUCUUGGAUCAAUUUCGUAAAACAUAUGUUGGUGAUCAACUUCAAAGAACCUCAAAGGUAUAUGCCCGUAUGUCAGAAGUCUUAGGAAUAACAGAUGACAACCACGUUCUAGAAACAUUCAUGACAAAAAUUGUUACAAACCUUAAAUACUGGGGAAGAUGUGAGCCUGUAAUUUCAAGGACUCUUCAGUUCCUAAAUGACCUUUCUGUUGGAUAUCCUUUUCACUGCGAAAAUGAAGACGAAUUUGAGAAUUUCAUGCUGCCUCUUACAGUUGCUUUUGAAACAGUAUUACAAAUAUUCAACAACAACUUUAAACAAGAAGAUGUAAAGCGUAUGUUGAUCGGGCUGGCAAGAGAUCUUCGAGGGAUUGCCUUUGCACUGAACACAAAGACCAGCUACACCAUGCUGUUUGACUGGAUGUACCCGACAUACCUUCCCAUUCUUCAGAGGGCUAUUGAACGGUGGUAUGGAGAGCCAGCUUGUACAACUCCCAUCUUGAAACUUAUGGCAGAACUGAUGCAAAACAGAUCCCAGCGUUUGAAUUUUGAUGUGUCGUCUCCUAAUGGAAUUCUUCUCUUCAGAGAAGCUAGUAAAAUGGUUUGCACUUAUGGUAAUCAGAUCCUGUCCCUCGGGAGCCUCUCAAAAGAUCAGAUUUAUCCAAUGAAACUCAAGGGCAUCUCCAUCUGCUAUUCAGCUCUCAAAUCUGCCUUGUGUGGAAAUUAUGUCAGCUUUGGCGUCUUCAAAUUGUAUGGGGACAACCAUUUUGACAAUGUACUCCAGGCCUUUGUCAAAAUGCUGCUGUCAGUGUCCCACAGUGACUUGCUACAAUACCGGAAACUGAGCCAGUCUUAUUAUCCACUCCUGGAAUGUCUCACCCAGGACCACAUGAGUUUCAUCACCAACUUAGAGCCUCCUGUACUCCUAUAUGUUCUCACAUCUAUCUCAGAGGGACUCACUACUCUUGAUACAGUUGUCUCCUCCAGCUGCUGUACCAGUUUAGACUACAUCGUCACCUACCUCUUCAAGCACAUAGCAAAAGAGGGCAAGAAGCCACUUCGAUGCGGAGAGGCUACCCAGGCUGGUCAGAGACUAUUACAUUUUAUGCAGCAAAACCCAGAUGUCCUGCAGCAGAUGAUGUCUGUCCUCAUGAACACCAUUGUCUUUGAAGACUGUCGGAACCAGUGGUCAGUAUCCAGGCCUCUCUUGGGGCUCAUCCUGCUCAAUGAGAAGUAUUUCAGUGAACUGAGAGCAAGUCUGAUAAACAGCCAGCCUCUCCCCAAGCAGGACGUCCUUGCCCAAUGUUUCAGGAACUUGAUGGAAGGAGUGGAGCAGAACCUGUCCAUCAAGAACAGAGACAGGUUCACCCAGAAUCUGUCCGUGUUCCGCAGAGAGGUGGCAGAGGCUCUGCGCAGUGAUGACAACGCGGAACCUUGCAGUCUGGACAUGAUGAGCUGA